AAAUGGACCUUUCCUUUUACAUCUCAGAAUUCCGAACCCGCAACACUUUACCCUAAGGGCUAGGGCUCGAUUCAAAAAUUUCCCCUCAGAUUUUCCCCGGAAAAAAAUAAAAUAUGGACGGAAAUCUAGAGAUCUCGUUGGAUAAACUCCCCGUUAAACGCCUCGACGCCAUCGAAGAAAACGGCGCCGAACGAUAUCCUCCAGAUUCGAGCUACGAUGAGAAGCGUGUGUCGCUUAUACGGAGAAUAGACUUCGCGUGGGCUGUGGAGGACGACGAAGAAAGGGAGAGGAAGAAGAAGCAGAAGAAGAGCUCCAAAGAUGCCUCCUUAACGUGGCAGUGGCAGAGCAUGGUCGAGAAUCUCCAGUUGGCUCACCAGGAGCUCUCCGUCAUCAUCGACCUUAUCAACACUGUGGAAGCUAAUGAUGCUGUUACAGUUGCUGGCAUGACUAGGCCUAAGCCUUUACCUAAUGAGGUCCUGUCCGAUCUUGCAGUAUGUGCUGCCACCAAGCUACAAUGUUACCGGCAAUUGGGUAAAUACUUUAAACAGUCUGCAAAAGGUUUUGAAGAACAGAUUGCUCGGGAAGCAAGAUUUUAUGGUGCUCUAAUAAGAUUGCAGCAAAAUUGGAAAGUUAAACGACAGCGGGUGGCAGCUGCAGCUUCUAGCAAUGAGGGCUUCACUAUUGAUCUUUUUGAUAAUUCAUUAUAUGAUUUGGCUGCAAUGUGUCGCCCAUCUUCUCUAUCUACUAUUCGUGUUGAACAUGAUUCAGCUGGAAUGCUUGCUAUAAACUUACCUCCAAAUUCAUGUCGGUCUCUUCACUUCGGUUUUCUUGGUGUGCAUUCUGCUGAUAUCCCAAAAAACAUGAGUAAGAUCAAAACCCGUGGCUCAGUUGAGCAGCGCCCAAGAGAGAGCGAGAAAGAAUCAGUGAGCGAUGAUGACUAUGUCAAAGAAACACAUAGUCUCCUUCGAGAAGUUCAUCAAUCAAUCUUUAAUGAUCAGGUGUUUGAGAUGUUGAAUCGUGAAGCAUUCAACCAAUCUGUUGGAGUGAAUGUAACUGGAAUACGAGAAAAUUAUCUGCAAUUAAGUAUAGGUCAAGGAAACACUCUUUUCAUUUCACUUGUGCCUUCUAAUAAGGGUGAUAGUCAGGACAGUGGCGAUACCCAGAAUAUAGAAUCUGCAAUUGUGCCUUCACACUCAUUUGUUACUGGAAAGAAAUGGGUUUUCCCUAAUCGUACCAGUUGUGAAAUUUAUCUGCAGCAAAUUGUUCAUGAAAAUGCAUUUGUAAAGGAAAAGGAUAAACCAAAUUUAUCUGGUACUCAAGCAUCUGCUCAAUCAGGAAAGGAUGAACCUAGUCUUCUGGGUCAUUUCUGUCUGUCCCUGGCUCAUAGAAUCUUUUCAAGCAGAGUUCUCACGGAGCUGGAAAAUGUGGUUUGCAGGGUCCCAUAUCUCCAUUUGAUGACCCAUCCCACUUGGCAUUCACGGACAUCUUCUUGGACAAUCUUCAUGAAAGUUCCUCAAUCCAUUCUUCAUGCAGAGUCUCGAUCCCCGAAAUCAGACCUCCAGAACAUGAAGAAUUCUAUAAAAUCACAAUUCUGUACUAAGGUUGUGGUGAACGAUGACCGUAUCAAUGUUGAAGGGGAAGGUGCUCCUAAUGUUGUUGGCCUGUUCAAAAGUUCCGAGAACGUAUGUUCUGUAAACAAAUAUGAAUGUGACUUGGCUGAUCUUCCGGUUAUAAUACUGCUGCAGGUUGCAAGCCAAGUAAUUUGCUGGCUUCAUGAAGAAGCUCUUACGGUGGGAAUAAAAACAAAUCGCGAUUUCCUUUGCUUGACAUUUGAGCUAGAACAGGGAGAGAAUGUUAGUCUGGUUGCCCAUGUGAACCCAGGAGACAUUAAAGGUGGCAUAUCUUGGUGGCUAGUAAUGGAAGAUGGUUUUGCAGAGGAUUGGAAACUUCAAAUGGACAUGCAUGAUGGUGCAUCCGAUUACAGAAAGUUUUUGGGGCAUUUAACUUUGGAUGUUUUAUACUCCACCUUGAUGGACUUGGUUAGCAUGUGCGGUGGAAGCCGAAACCACUGAGCCCGUUUUGUUUCAUUACGAUGCAUGUCAAUCGGGUUCCUGUACGAUUUAGCAAGUAAUUCCGCUCUUUAGUUCCCCUCCCUAAUAGAUUUAAAAGCCAUCAAUUGCUUAGUUUGUAAAUGGGCAGUUGGGGGUUAGAAUUAAUGCUGGUGAAUGGAAUGUUUAACGACGUUUGUUCGAUAUUUUCUCA